AGCCGGGGAUGCACACACGGGGGUUGCCUACCUGGGUGGUCUCUCUACUUUGGUGAGCUGUUGCUAAGCAGCUAAUAAUAGUCAUGUUUGCUGAGUAAUUUCUGCCCUCCGUGAGCCAAUCGCGUCGCAGAAACCCAAGCCAUCUGACAGCCCCGGGGGCGGGAGUUCCAGCCUUUUUCUCUUUCGCUCGCUCUCUCCCCCUCCACCCCCUCCCCUCCUCCUCCUCUUUCUCCAAAUGGAGAGAGUUCUUUUUUUUCUUCUUCCAUCUCAUCUAUUGAGUCAAGGAGCUGCUGCGGCCGCUGCCCGCUGCACACACACAGAGCGGAGUCCCCAGGUCCCGGGAGCGAGAGAGGCGCGCGGCGCGGGGGCAGAAUGGUCCAGCGGGUCGGUGAGGAGAACAAGAAAGCAGAGUCCGGGACCGAGCAGCCACCGCGAACCAAGCAGUCUGAAAACGAGCAGCCGCUUCAGAAGCCGCCACCACCAACCUCAGCCGCAGCAGCAGCAGCAGCAGCAGCGGGAGCAGCCGCUGCCCCGGCCCGGCAUCGCUGAGACCCUCCGGGCACCGUCGCGUCGCCGGCAGCGGGCGCCGAAGGAGCCAGAGCGAGUGGCGGGGGUCUGCGCGCGCCUUCUGCCGUGAAGGGGUUGCGGCGCGGGGCGGGGACGUCUGGGGGGACUUGGGGACCGCGAGGCGCGCCCUGGAAGCGCCGGCUCUCGCCUUCCCGCGAGCUGGAUGUGGGCAGCGGCGGCCGCAGAGACCUCGGGACUCACGCGCAAUGUGGCAAUGGAAGGCGCAGGGUCUGAGUCCCCGGCAUCGGCCACGGCCGCAGCACCCGCAGUGCCCGCCGUGUGAGCGGCAGCAGCGGGUCUGUCACCCGGAGCCGGAGUCCCCGGCGGCCAGCAGCGUCCUCGCGAGCCGAGCGCCCAGGCGCGCCCGGAGCCCGCGGCGGCGGCGGCAACAUGGCCUCGGCUGGUAACGCCGCCGGGGCCCUGGGCAGGCAGGCCGGCGGCGGGAGGCGCAGACGGACCGGGGGACCGCACCGCCCCGCGCCGGACCGGGACUAUCUGCACCGGCCCAGCUACUGCGACGCCGCCUUCGCUCUGGAGCAGAUUUCCAAGGGGAAGGCUACUGGCCGGAAAGCACCGCUGUGGCUGAGAGCGAAGUUUCAGAGACUCUUAUUUAAACUGGGUUGUUACAUUCAAAAGAACUGCGGCAAGUUUUUGGUUGUGGGUCUCCUCAUAUUUGGAGCCUUCGCUGUGGGAUUAAAGGCAGCUAAUCUCGAGACCAACGUGGAGGAGCUGUGGGUGGAAGUUGGUGGACGAGUGAGUCGAGAAUUAAAUUAUACCCGGCAGAAGAUAGGAGAAGAGGCUAUGUUUAAUCCUCAACUCAUGAUACAGACUCCAAAAGAAGAAGGCGCUAACGUCCUGACCACAGAGGCCCUCCUACAACACCUGGACUCAGCACUCCAGGCCAGCCGUGUGCACGUCUACAUGUAUAACAGGCAAUGGAAGUUGGAACAUUUGUGCUACAAAUCAGGGGAGCUUAUCACAGAGACAGGUUACAUGGAUCAGAUAAUAGAAUACCUUUACCCUUGCUUAAUCAUCACACCUUUGGACUGCUUCUGGGAAGGGGCGAAGUUGCAAUCGGGGACAGCAUACCUCCUAGGUAAGCCUCCUUUGCGGUGGACAAACUUUGACCCCUUGGAAUUCCUAGAAGAAUUAAAGAAAAUAAACUACCAAGUGGACAGCUGGGAAGAGAUGCUACAUAAAGCUGAAGUCGGCCACGGGUACAUGGACCGUCCCUGCCUCAACCCAGCCGACCCAGAUUGCCCCGCCACAGCCCCCAACAAAAAUUCAACCAAACCUCUUGAUGUGGCCCUUGUUUUGAAUGGUGGAUGUCAAGGUUUAUCCAGGAAGUAUAUGCAUUGGCAGGAGGAGUUGAUUGUGGGUGGCACAGUCAAGAAUGCCUCUGGAAAACUGGUCAGUGCUCACGCCCUGCAGACCAUGUUCCAGUUAAUGACUCCCAAGCAAAUGUAUGAGCACUUCAGAGGCUACGAGUACGUCUCUCAUAUCAACUGGAAUGAGGAUAGGGCAGCCGCCAUCCUGGAGGCUUGGCAGAGGACGUAUGUGGAGGUAGUUCAUCAAAGCGUUGCCCCAAACUCCACUCAGAAGGUGCUUUCCUUCACCACCACAACCCUGGACGACAUCCUAAAAUCCUUCUCCGAUGUCAGUGUCAUCCGAGUGGCCAGCGGCUACCUACUGAUGCUUGCCUAUGCCUGUUUAACCAUGCUGCGCUGGGACUGCUCCAAGUCCCAGGGUGCCGUGGGGCUGGCUGGCGUCCUGUUGGUUGCACUGUCAGUGGCUGCAGGAUUGGGCCUCUGCUCCUUGAUCGGAAUUUCCUUUAAUGCUGCAACAACUCAGGUUUUGCCAUUUCUUGCUCUUGGUGUUGGCGUGGAUGACGUCUUCCUCCUGGCACAUGCAUUCAGUGAGACAGGACAAAACAAAAGGAUUCCGUUUGAGGACAGGACCGGGGAGUGCCUGAAGCGCACAGGAGCUAGCGUGGCCCUCACCUCCAUCAGCAACGUCACUGCCUUCUUCAUGGCCGCACUGAUCCCCAUCCCCGCACUUCGAGCAUUCUCCCUCCAGGCUGCUGUGGUAGUGGUGUUCAAUUUCGCUAUGGUGCUGCUCAUUUUUCCUGCGAUUCUCAGUAUGGACUUAUAUAGACGAGAAGACAGAAGAUUGGAUAUUUUCUGCUGUUUCACAAGCCCCUGCGUCAGCAGGGUGAUUCAGGUUGAACCACAGGCCUACACGGAGCCCCACAGUAACACCCGUUACAGCCCCCCAACCCCCUACAGCAGCCAUAGCUUCGCGCAUGAAACACACAUCACCAUGCAGUCCACCGUUCAGCUCCGCACGGAGUACGACCCCCAUACCCAUGUGUACUACACCACCGCCGAGCCACGAUCCGAGAUCUCUGUACAGCCCGUCACCGUCGCCCAGGACACCCUCAGCUGUCAGAGCCCCGAGAGCACCAGCUCCACUAGGGAUCUGCUUUCCCAGUUCUCAGACUCCAGCCUUCACUGCCUCGAGCCCCCCUGCACCAAGUGGACACUCUCUUCGUUUGCAGAGAAGCACUAUGCUCCCUUCCUCUUGAAACCCAAAGCCAAGGUUGUAGUAAUCCUCCUCUUCCUGGGCUUGCUGGGGGUCAGCCUUUACGGGACCACACGAGUGAGAGACGGGCUGGACCUCACGGACAUCGUCCCUCGGGAGACCAGGGAAUACGAUUUCAUUGCUGCACAGUUCAAAUACUUUUCCUUCUACAACAUGUACAUAGUCACCCAGAAAGCAGACUACCCAAAUAUCCAGCACCUACUUUAUGACCUCCAUAAGAGUUUCAGCAAUGUGAAGUAUGUCAUGCUGGAAGAGAACAAGCAGCUUCCCCAAAUGUGGCUGCACUACUUCAGAGACUGGCUCCAAGGACUUCAGGAUGCAUUUGACAGCGACUGGGAAACAGGGAGGAUCAUGCCGAACAAUUACAAAAAUGGAUCGGACGAUGGGGUCCUCGCCUACAAACUCCUGGUGCAGACUGGCAGCAGAGACAGGCCCAUCGACAUAAGCCAGUUGACUAAGCAGCGUCUGGUGGAUGCAGAUGGCAUCAUUAACCCCAGUGCAUUCUACAUCUACCUGACGGCUUGGGUCAGCAACGACCCCGUGGCUUACGCUGCCUCCCAGGCCAACAUCCGGCCUCACCGACCGGAAUGGGUCCACGACAAAGCCGACUACAUGCCGGAGACCAGGCUGAGAAUCCCAGCAGCGGAACCCAUCGAGUACGCUCAGUUCCCUUUCUACCUCAACGGCCUGCGAGACACUUCGGACUUUGUGGAAGCCAUUGAAAAAGUGAGAGUCAUCUGUAACAACUACACAAGCUUAGGGCUGUCCAGCUACCCCAACGGCUACCCCUUCCUCUUCUGGGAGCAGUACAUCAGCCUCCGCCACUGGCUGCUGCUAGCCAUCAGCGUGGUGCUGGCCUGCACGUUUCUGGUGUGCGCAGUCUUCCUGCUGAACCCCUGGACGGCUGGGAUCAUUGUCAUGGUCCUGGCUUUGAUGACAGUUGAGCUCUUCGGCAUGAUGGGCCUCAUUGGAAUCAAGCUGAGCGCCGUGCCUGUGGUCAUCCUGAUUGCGUCUGUCGGCAUCGGAGUGGAGUUCACCGUCCAUGUGGCUUUGGCCUUUCUGACAGCCAUCGGUGACAAGAACCACAGGGCAACGCUUGCCCUGGAGCACAUGUUCGCUCCCGUUCUGGACGGUGCUGUGUCCACUCUGCUGGGCGUUCUGAUGCUUGCAGGGUCGGAGUUUGAUUUCAUCGUCAGAUAUUUCUUUGCUGUCCUGACGAUCCUCACCGUCUUGGGGGUCCUCAAUGGACUGGUUUUGCUGCCUGUCCUCUUGUCCUUCUUUGGGCCGUGUCCUGAGGUGUCUCCAGCCAACGGCCUGAACCGGCUGCCCACUCCCUCACCCGAGCCGCCCCCAAGCGUCGUCCGGUUUGCGGUGCCUCCUGGUCACGUGAACAAUGCAUCUGACUCCUCUGACUCGGAGUACAGCUCUCAGACCACAGUGUCCGGCAUUAGCGAGGAGCUCAGGCAGUAUGAGGCCCAGCAGGGUUCCGGAGGUCCUGGCCACCAAGUGAUUGUGGAAGCCACAGAAAACCCCGUCUUUGCCCGGUCCACUGUGGUCCAUCCUGAACCCAGACAUCACCCUCCCUUGAACCCUCGGCAACAGCCCCACCUGGACUCGGGCCCCUUGCCUCCUGGACGACAAGGCCAGCAGCCUCGAAGGGACCCCCCCAGAGAUGGCUCGCGGCCACCCCCGUACAGACCGCGAAGAGACGCUUUUGAAAUAAUUUCUACUGAAGGGCAUUCUGGCCCUAGCAAUAGGGACCGCUCAGGCCCCCGCGGGGCCCGUCCUCACAACCCUCGGAACCCGACGACGUCCACUGCCAUGGGCAGCUCCGUGCCCAGCUACGGCCAGCCCAUCACUACCGUGACGGCUUCCGCUUCUGUGACUGUGGCUGUGCACCCCCCGCCGCCGCCGCCGCCGGGACCUGGGCGCAACCCCCGAGGGGGACCCUGCCCAGGCUACGAGAGCUACCCCGAGACUGACUACGGGGUGUUCCAGGACCCCCAUGUGCCUUUUCACGUCAGGUGCGAGAGGAGGGACUCGAAGGUGGAGGUCAUAGAGCUACAGGACGUGGAGUGUGAGGAGAGGCCGUGGGGGAGCAGCUCCGACUGAGCUGUGUGCCCCAGGUGCCCCAGGGGUGCUUUCCAGGGUUACCUGAGCACUGGCACAUCCCCAAACUGGACCCUGGGGGACCUUUUCUCCCCCCCGCCAAGGCAAGGCUGAUGUGGCCCAAACCAACACCGUUUCCAAACCGGAUUUCUUCCCUUUUCACUAGCAAUCUUUUUGGUUUAACAGCCCUGCCUCGCACCCCGUUUGCCGCCACCUGCAGCAGAGUUCCAGCAAGCGUGCAGAUGACCUUGCAAGGUGGAAGUAGAUGAAAUUAAUUUAGAGCCACAGUCAGCCCAUUGUAGAGUUGCCGUGUUCUCGGCGCCCACGCAGAGUCAAGGGGGCUGUGUUGCGUGGGAGGCGCACAGCUCCGGGUGGUGACCAUGAUGUGACUUCCUUUUUUUGUUUGUUUGUUUGUUUUCUUUUAAGGGUAAUUAAAAUCUGAAGCAAAGAGGCCAAAGAUUGGAAAAACCCCGCCCCGCCCCGCCCCGCCCCCCCACCUCUUUCCAGAACUGACUGCUUGAAGAGAACUGCUUUGGAAUUAUGGGAAAGCAGUUCAUUGUUACUGUAAUUGAUUGUAUUAUUUUGUGAAAUAUUUCUAUAAAUAUUUAAGAGGUGUACACAUGUAAUAUACAUGGAAAUGCUGUAAAGUCUAUGGCCUGGGGCCUCUCCGCUCCUGCCCCAGAGUGGGGAGACCACAGGGGUUCCCUCCCCCUGUGUACAUUGGUCCCUGUGCUGCAACUUAAGCUUAACUUAGUUUUUAAAAACCCCCUCCCAGCAUAUGUCGCUGCUGCUUAAAUAUUGUAUAAUUUACUUGUAUAAUUCUAUGCAAAUAUUGCUUAUGUAAUAGGAUUAUUUGUAAAGGUUUCUGUCUAAAAUAUUUUUAAAUUUGCAUAUCACAACCCUGUGGUAGGAUGAAAUGUUACUGUUAACUUUCGAACACGCUAUGCGUGGGUAAUUGUUUUUAACGAGCAGACAUGAAGAAAACAGGUUAAUCCCGGUGGCUUCUCUAGGGGUAGUUUUAUGCAGUUCUCAUGGUGUGUGUGUGUGUGUGUGUGUGUGUGUGUGUGUGUGUGUGUGUGAUUUCCCAACAUACUGUACUGUGAUUUUGUUGUUGUUUUGUUCUUUUCCCUUGUUUCUCUUUGUGUGACCUUAGCUCUGUCCAGCCUAGUCAAGCUGGGAAAGUCAAGGUCUCUUGUCUUGGUGCUGGUGGAAGGGUGGACCCGUCAUGUGUCUUACUCUCUGGAAAUAGUCCAGAGAGGCCAAACUUGGCUUCAUGCCUGCGGCAGCUCCUGAGGUCAUGGGUAGUCCCCUCCAGAGACCUCCCCUUGUGCUUCAAAGAGAAUACAUUCUCCCGGAUCAUAAUGUUGGGUGUUAGGGCCUUUGUAUAGGGACCCAGCAGUCUUCGCUGGUGGUGGAUCUCAGCUGGAUCAUGAGAGAGAUGACACUCAAGGGAUGUGUGUAGUGGUCUUGCACCUUUCUGAUGGCCGGCACAUACACACAGCCUCCCACCCCCGUAACCCAGAUACAGGCAGAAAAAUCUAUUUCAUUCAAGGUCUACACUCAAGCCUUUACAAAUCCGAAUCCCUCACAGUAAAUCGACUGCUCGGUUGGUGCAUGCUGAUGGCCGCUCAAGUCAGCUCUGCGGGGUGUGAGCUUCUGAAGGCGCUCCUCUGUGUGUUCUUGUCCUAUGGACACACACACACACACACACACAUACACACACCGCCAUGUGAUGUCCAUGCAAGGGCAGUGUCUAGCUCUUCGAACCAGGUGUUAGAUUUUAAAAUAUGAUCGUGCUUCCUUUCCCUGAGGUUUAGACUUCUUUGCCUCUGGCCAGAGACUAGUAGAUGGGGAAGCAGUAUCCUCCCUUGUGAGUGUGAGCACUGAGGACUUGUGUCAGAGGAAGGGAGUUAGUGCCCACGGAAGCUACUGUGAGGAGUGCCUCCUUCAGUCCCUCCUAUCCUGCAUGGAAGUUUGUAAGGCAGUGGGGCCCCUAGUAGUACCAGCAGGCUAGUGAUCUCAGACUAAAACUCAUCCCCAAACUGUAAGGUACUAAUUGGAAGCCACCAGUGGCUACCGUGUGUGUGGUGUGUGUGUGUGUGUGUGUGUGUGUGUGUGUGUGUGUGUGUGUGUGUGUGUGUGUGUGUGUGUAAAUAUGCCAGAGGCCCUGGCUACCCACUGCUACUGUCUUAAUGCCUGUCAAGCCACUGUCUGCCUACCCCCAAACCAGCUCUGCUCGGAUAGCUCGCACCCUGAGUUGAGAAGGGAGAUGUAAAAUUCUGAAGCCGCCUCCCUGCAAUUCUUGGUUGUGUCCAGUCACUCCUGAGCCUCACUCGUGGCAUAAGGAAGUUCGUACAGCCGUUUGGUUUCUGUGCGGCAUGAGUUGCAUCAGCCAAGGCAGGAAGGGCACAGAGCUGACAGGAGACUACAGUCUCGGAGUGCAUUUAUUGUCUGUCUGUCUGUCUCCUCAUAGUUUUUAUUUUGUCUGUAUUGUUUGUUCAUUUGGAUGUUUUAAUUUUUAAAAGAAAAGAUCUUUGCUGAUAAUUUAUAAUUUUGUAUCAUAAGAAUGUCCUCCAGAAUUUGUCAUGCCAGUUUAUAACAACAAAAAAAAAUAUGCAGGGAUUUUAUUUCUAUUGGAAACACUAUUGCAGUUAUGUUUUACUUUUGAACAGAAUUUUUAUUUGUAUAGAGUGCUUACUAAUGUUAAAUAGUUCAGAGUAUAUAACAUUUACAUCAAGGACUCAUGGUAGGUUUUAGUGUAAGGAGUUUAAAGGAAAUAAAUAUUCAAACUGGGUCUCGUUGUCUGCCAAAUUGGGUGGAAAUGAGUUUGUGUCAUUUCAAUUACAAAGAUGAAAGUAUGCCAUAUAAUUUAUUUAUAUGAAAAUUUAUUUUUGUAGUGUACAUAGUAGUCAUCAAGUCUUUUGACAGAAGUAUAUUUUUAAAGAAUUUAUAUGUAAUGAAAUCCGUAAAAUGUCUGGAACUUUGUUGAGACAUGAGUGUGGGGACACGUUCAUUGCAAAUGACAGCAAGGGAAAGGAAGCGUUUCACAGUGUUAAGAGAGUACAAGAGAGCAGCCAUCCGUGUGAUUGGGAAGUGUUGACGUGGGGCAUUGUGACCUGGUUAUUACGGUUCUCAGAUGAAAAUGUACAAACUCUCUAAAUAUUAAUGUUCAAACACUGAUAGAAAUUCUAACAUGAAUAAAGAUAAUAUAACUCGUUUGGUUUA